UCAUACAACAAGAUCAAAAUGUCGAGGCCCAUAGGUCACCAAUGUCGGAGAUACAGAGUCCAGAUGUUACCGGUGUCCAACUGUGAUGCUUCCGAGUAUCAACCUCAACAAUCUCCAAGUCUCCAAUCAGUCGAAGCUGGCGGCGGAGAAAAGCGCUUUGGUACAGACUGUGAAGAGUUUAAAUCGGGAAGUUGCCAAGCUUGAAAAAGUGAGAAAAACACUGGAUCAGCCGAUAGGAGAUGAAGAAGAGGCUUCUGGGCCCGACUCGGGAACAGCACCUCCAUCAAAGGCCCUCUCCCCGGAGACCGGGACGAAGGAUGUUAGGACAUUUAGUAGCUAUGCGAGCACUGGCACGGGGGGUAUGAGACCAAGAAUUGCAGCUAGCCCGAAGAGGACAAUGAGGAGCAGCUUCCGAAGCUUUUCGUCACCCACAAGAGAGGAUCAAUCAGCACGGGAAGAGGAGCAAUCUGGAGAUGUGUAGAAUCGGGAACAGUCAUGAUCCAAGUUGAUUCUUGGGCAUGUGUUGCUGGUGAUUGUUGUUUUCGUUCACACAAACUUUUGCCGACAUGUACGCUUGGGUAGUUGUGUGCACCGUGCUUGGGAGGGGAGGUGCAUAUGUGUCUCCUUUGUACAUUUUGACCCUGAAUGGUGUUUGCAUGUUGGGCCAUGAUUGCUCUCUAGGGUGUGUCCCCAUGCAGCUGCAUUAGGUCAUCCCUUGAUUUGUUGAUUCCUGCUCUCACCAGCACUCUUAUUAAACCUCCAGUACUUGGCCCAUACAUCGG